AUGACGACCAACCCCGGAUCUCUGUCCCAGCUGGGCUGGAGCUCCGAGUUCCUCGAUCUCGUCCGGGAUCUCACAUGUGAGCAAAGCAUGACAACCGAGAAUCAUCGAGCCUCCUACCCCUGGAUCUAUGAUUGGCCGCCCAGUUUAGCGACAGUUAUCCAUGAUCUCCUCGACCCACAGAGUGAGCUCGCCGCCAACCAACCACGGCUUCAUGAAAUCCUCGUACGACGCUACUCGGCCAGCAUGAAGGCCAGACAGGAGGACCGAGAAGUCUCUAAAUGCAGCCAUCUAUUCACCAAUGGUGAGCACCGAACGGACAGCUAUGAGUACCAGUAUCAUAUACAUGCCCAUGGGUCAACAGUAGCCGACCAUGAUGGAAACCUGGCAGCGGCUAUUACGUACUAUGCCAAUUUAUGUCCGGAUAUAAAGGACAACUUCGUUAUCCGUGGGAUCCUCGGGAUUGGAUCAUAUGGGGCUGUCUUCCUAGCGCAUAAGUCGGAGGAUAAAAGCAAUAAGCUCUAUGCGAUAAAGGUGGAGCCUCUGACCACCAUCAAUGCGAGUGUAAAUCCUGUCCCGUAUUACGGGAACCCCCCGUCCCUGGCCCCUCUCUACUACCCAGAGGACCUAAGAUUGCGCUAUAUACCGAUUGAGGCCUUCAUACUGCUCCUUGUGAAUGGUUUCGACAGGUUCCUGAAGCUGGACUCGGUCUAUUCCCACCAGAACUUCUCAGCCAUGGUGAUGGAAGCCCAGAUCGACCAGGAGGCCCAGAGCCGGCCUUAUGACCCGUCUGGCUCGAUACAUGACUGGCUGAAGGAGGCAAAGAAUCAGGCCGUCUGCAAUGGGGCCAAACUUAUAAAUCGCAAACAGACAAGCCUCAACGAGAUCCAGGCUUGCAAAGUGGCAUCUCACCUAUUCGAAGCAAUUGCCUAUCUGCACGACAUGGGCAUCUGCAACACCGACCUCUCCCAUGGCAAUUACUUGGUCGACGAGCAGCUGAAUACGCGUAUGAUAGACUUGGGGCUGCUUCAUUUCGGUGUGAAUGAUCAAGACUUCUCCAUGCAUAAGACUGCUUACAUCCCCUCAUACGAAAGGUCUAUGACUCCCGAACUUGCCAUAGAGCUUACGAAGAGUCACUGGCUCAGGAAAUUUGAGAACCAAGUUGAAGCAUCUGUUGAUAUACCACACGACGUCCGCCAGCUCACCUGCUGGCAGUUGGCAACCAUCAUCUACGAGCUCCUCCACGGGUUUGCACCCUGGGAGGAGAAAGAGUGGGACGAACUGAUCGGGGGGAUAACCGAAUAUAUGGCACAUGGGAUCGACUACCGGCGACUGGGGAAGGUCCGAGAGCGACGCGGUAGAAUCAUCAACGAGGAUCUCCCGAUUUCUGAAAAUCUAUCUCAGGAUUGCGUGGAUGCGCUGCGGAUGAUGUUCGUAAAGAACCCGGAAGAACGACCGUCUAUCGAAAUGAUGGCGACGUUUCCUUGGUUCGGUCAAUGGACUUCUCACAGCCCCGAGGAGUUUCAGCGCCCGCCAUUCCCACCCUCAUAG